AGAUGCGGGGGUGACAGCCUCGUCCUCUUGCUGCUCUGGGGUUAUAUAUAGUUCCGCAGCUUUAGAUGAUGAAUGUGCACCCGGAGAGGUACCGUUAGGAAAACCGAAAACGCGUGAAACGCAGCUGGAUUUGUUUCUGCCGACUUGAGAGCUCCUCGGUGUCGGUGUGUUUGUGUUCAGCGGAUGAUGUGUUGCAGGCGUGCUGGUCUUGUCCUUGCACUGCGUGUGUCGUUGUGUGAAUGUGUCGCAUAUUGCCAGAAGAGUCUCUGCACCUGUGGAUUUCAAGAACGGUUUCCAGUGAGAUGUCUGUAACCUGCUUUCUGCGGUUUCUGACGAGAGCUGACUGCAGCAGGCGUGUGGCUGCACAGCUCCUGCAGAAAAGACUCCUGUCGGGGGCAGAAGCCGUCAACGCGCUCCGGCCCUUCUACUUCGCAGUGCACCCAGAUUUCUUUGGCCAGUAUCCAAGGGAGAGGGAGGUGAAUGAAAACUCACUCAAGCGGCUAAAUGGAUAUUUAGAAAAUCUUCAGAAGCCAGGUGUCCAUUCCCUCAAACCAACACGACUAACAUUUUAUGUUCGAGACACAACAGCAGAAAAAGAUGCUGCUCAACAUGAAAUCCUUAAUUCAGGGUUUCGAGCAGUUAGCUUCACCUUGCAGUCGAGGGAUAUGCGGAGCGCGGUGUUGGACGUUCUGAGGUCUUGCAGCUUGUCCACGGAGCACAUGCAGGACGUGAAAGCCGGUGUUUGCCCAGACACCCAGAUGUAUGGAGCUGGAAUUCCGUUCUAUAGACCCAUCAAGUGGGACAAGACUUUCUAUUCAUUUACAGGAUCCCAGGAUCCCGAGCAGCAGCUGGACAGAGCCAGGAAAGCAGGAAAGCCUACGUUGAGCUCAUGGUUGAGCAGCAAUGAAGCAACAGCAACAAAGAAGCUGAAAGACAGCCUUCCUCGAAGAGCUGAGCUGAAGAGGCUGAAAAAAGAGCUCUGCCAGACACUGGGACUCGCAGACAUACGGUGGCAGCGCAGCUGGGGUGUUGCUCACAGGUGCAGCCUGUUGCAGAGCCUGAGUCGCCUGUCCCAGCAGAGCCCAGACGUCCUCCGCCACGCCCGCGGGCAAAUAUUAAUAUUUACUGACCGGUCAGGAAUGAGUGCUGCUGGCCAUGUGAUGCUAGGAACAAUGGAUGUCCAUCACCAGUGGGCCAAACUGUUCGAGCGGCUGCCCGGCUACGGCGGCCUGCUGCUGCGGGUGCAGGGCCUGAGGGAGCGCGUGGGCCAGCUGCUCGGGGGGAUGCAGGUGAUCUACGUGGAGAGGCUGCAGCCUGUGCUGACCCUGGAGGAGCACCACAGCACCCUGAGCGCCCUGCAGAAGAGCCUGCACUCCGGCAGGACCCCCUUCCAUCCACACAGCCUGCAGGGGCUCCGGGCCAUGCUGGAGAACGACCGGGCCGGCCCUGCUCUGCACCAGCUGGGCCACUUCGUCCUGCCUACCGCCUGCGAGCCCUUGGCGCUGCACUGGUUCGUCCGCACGAACGCACAAGAGGCGCGGCGCCGAAUGAGGAGACAGGAAGAGCUGGAGGCCGAGGAGAGGGGCCUGGUGCUGGCCUGCCUGGAGAGGCUGUCUCUGGGGCGGCUGUACAAGGAGCCCAGCGUGACCAGCGCCCAGAUGAUCCCCUGCUGCCGGAGGCUGAUGGAGGAGCCCCCCCGCUGUGUGCCGGGGCUCCGCCUGUGCGUCUCGCACUUCUACUCCGUGCUCCAGGACGGGGACCUGUGCAUCCCGUGGGACUGGCGGCGCUGAGCCGCGAGGAGCCCGCCGCCGCCGCCGGCUCCAGGGCGCUUUACCACGAGCUGCUGGGAGCACGCUUCCGCUACCGUGUGGGGGAAAAGGAAAACAACCAACAGCGAUCACACCAGUGCAAAGAGGAAAACGGGAGAAAGAUGCAGAGAAAUAUUUUUUGGGGACUGUGACAGUCAAAAGGCAACGUCGUGGCUUGGAAGCCUUACCGACGUUUGCAUUUUUAUAUAGUUGAUAUGCAUAGUUUGGUUUAAAACACUACAGCGUGGAAGGAAGAAAGAAUAGAGUCACUCUUUCAUCCUUUCUAGAGGCACGGUUUCCAACAGGGUUGGACUGUGUAUUGAUAGACUGAUGACGUUACUAAAGCAAGCAGCUUUUCCACUUCUGCCUGUGGGUGUCAAAUUGUGACAGAUGCUACACAGCAUUUUAAACUCAAGUUGAUUUUCUGGGCACUUAAAAUAGUGCAUCCCGAAAAGAACAAAGUACAACCCAUAUCGAGUACACUGUGCUCAUACCAGUGUUUUCAGAAAAUGCCCUGUGAAAGCAUUGUGAAAUAACCCUUUUUGGGUUUCAUGAUUUUGCAAUAAUAUCAUUGUUAUAAUAAAUUGAGUGGCCUGACUCAUUUUAUUGUGGCAGUUAAAGCUCUGUGCACACUAAAGACACAGGGGUGCAGUGAGGGAGAAUACAUUUUAAUUUUUUUUAUUUACAAAGAAGCAACUAUUCCUGGCAUUCCUGCAACCUCUUAAAGUAAACAGUGAUCAUGUUAAUAUAUCUAAUGAGGUGUUUUUAGACACAAUUUCUUCUUACCUUCUGUAAGUAGUUUAAUAUAUGUUGCUUUGGAGACGCCUCAUCAGUCAGUCUACCUGAUUCUAUUAAAAAAAAAUACAUUUGACUGUGUACAGUUUUCCUCAAUCACAGAGUAUUUCAAGCAAUCUGUUAUCCGAAAGUUGCUCUGUGGAGAAAAGACACCAAGAUGACAGAGGGUCAGAUAAUAACCGGACAUUGUUUUCUGAUUGAUUGUCUCUGAGAGACGGUAUAAACCGGAGUGUGUUUGAAAACCCCUGCAAACACAGAAAGCACCUCGGGGUGCAAGUGCUGUGAGGCAGUUGUGUGAACACGCGUUUCAGUUCGAUGCGAGCUCCUCCAGGGGGAGCUCUUUCUCUUUUCAACCCAGGCAGCCAAGGACCUUAAUAUUAAGCAGGUGUACUGGGACAGAAAAACUAUUAAUGUUUGUGACACAAGCUGAGUGUCAACCCUAUAUUUGAAAUUCUUAUUUAGCAACAGCCAGAGCUUUCUAAAUUUUGAGGCAAUGUUAUUCCCAUGUAGGCCUGAUUAAUAUUUAUUUUCCCCAACUCAGACUGCUUAUUUAUUCCAAACAUGGUCGGUAUUCUUCCAGUGACAAUAUGGUUAAAACAUAGAGAAAUGGGAUUACUGCAUAAGGCAAAGUGGUUACUGAGCACAAUUGUUUUGGCAAAAUUCAAACUGCAGUUGUCUUGGGCUUGUGAACUGCUUGAAGUUAAAUUCACUAAAAACAGAUCAUUCAGAUUUGCACUUCUCACUCUGUAGUGACACUUUCUAAGAUGAUAACAGGUUCCUGCUUAGUGAACCACACCUCAUACCACGAACUGCUCUUUAUCGCAAACAGCUGGGUCGUGCCUAAUGAAUUAGAUGGCUCCAUUGUUAAUACAAACAUUGUUUCUACGUUUCGGCUGUGGAGCCUUCUUUGGGUGUGAGCAUUUAAAAAAAAUAUUUAAAUGUUUAAAAAAUGGUGGUUCAGGUCAGUCCUGCAUAAAUAUGAAAAGGACAAGUUUUAACACCAGCUGUUUAGUUCCUUCGCUCAUACAAAUAACUGAUAAACUAUCCAUUGGAAAACACACUUAAUUUGUAGAAGUGGAAGCUAUCCUUAUUUUUAAUAUCCUGGAUUUUAAUGCUUUUGAUGUUAUUAUUUAGUUGUAUUAUAUUAUAUAUAAUUAGUAUAAUUAUAUUAACUGAUUUACUGUAUAGCAACUAUGCAACAGAGGAAGCAAAGACCAAAGUCAAUAUUUUUUAAUGUCACACAAAAUAUAAAUCUGAAAAUGUUAUUGUACCUUGAUCUACACAGGAAUAGAACAAUAACACAAAAAUAAAAAUAAUUCGUACAAAA